AGUUCCGUAAGGGCGCAUGCUUACAGUUAACUCCACAUCCUCCGGUCCGUAAUUCCGGUUCAUGAACAGCCUGGGUCUCGAGGAGUAGGAGGACACACCGGAGAGCUCGCUCACCUCAGGCUCCACCAGUCUCUAAUCCGUCCUCGACGGUCCGUCCCGUGUCACACAUGUUCUGCUGAGGACGCGCGCCCCAACCGACAACCGACCAUGUCCACCGGGUCGCUUAGCGACGUUGACGACGAGCUCCUGGACGGCAUCCUGAAGUUCGGCUCUUCAGGUAAAGACUCCGGUACGUCGAACGAGAGCACCGGGGAGAGUUCGAACGGCGAGGGCGGCUCGGCAAACGAGAAAUCAGCCCGGGGAAAGAAACGGAAAACAGGGUCCAGUAGGAAAACCGCGCUGAACGGCGUGGCGCACGAUGGGGGCGGCAAGCAGCCACAGAGGAACGCGGCCAACGCACGGGAGAGGGCAAGGAUGCGCGUGCUAUCCAAAGCGUUUUCCCGUUUGAAGACGACUUUACCGUGGGUCCCGCCGGACACCAAGCUCUCCAAACUGGACACACUUCGCCUCGCCUCGAGCUACAUAGCCCAUCUACGGCAGAUCCUCGCCAACGACAAAUACGAGAACGGAUUUAUCCACCCGGUGAACCUGACGUGGCCCUUCAUGGUCGCCGGGAAACCGGAGAAUGAUUUGAAAGAGAUGCUCAACACCACCCGGUUGUGUGGAACAACCGCCUCAUGAUGUAACGGAUGGACAUGCCAUUAACAUUAACCGUCAAGGGAUGGACAUGAUAAGUUUUUUAAAAACUUUUUCAGAUGGACAGAAAUGCACAUCAUCUCUCCUAAACCAAAUAAUGAGUGGGAAUACCGGGAGAGCGCACGCUCUCUCACGCGUUCCCAUACAGAGAAGCGGAUUUUAUAUUUAAAGUGUUCACAUGUUGCCUUUGCUGGUUCGAGGACAUAUUGUGUUUUGUAUACGUUUUUUAAACUCUUAAAAAUGCUUUAAAAAAAAAAACUUUGUCACACGAGUAUUUGUUUUACAGGUGAUGUUGUCAGUCACCGCGUUGGAAGUGCACAUGAAAAAUGUCUCAAUAUCCUAUCUGAAUAGCCAGAUUGUAUGUGAAUAAAAUGUAUUCAUCAUCAUAAUUUUCUUCCCCAAUGUGCACUGUGUUGGAUUUUGACAAAGAGGAAUUUAAAUUCUCCAGGACACUUUUUUGUUGUUACUGUAGGCUAUAAGCUAUUUUCCUGCUAACCCUACAACCCCUGGCUAUCACCAAUCCCUCAAAAUUACAGCGCAAAACUCUAGAAACGAGCACCGGGGGAGAAAAACAAAUCUAAGUGUCCACUGGUCCAGGUUUAUUUGUUUUUCUUUAUCUCCAAAAGUAAACAAUGGAUAAGCCUACUAGACUAUCUCGUUAAAAAACAACAAAGAUAUGGUUUGCGCCUUGGCUAGGGCCCUGCCUGUGAUUCAUUUAUACAAUUAUUCCAUGGCAAUUUUCUUCCUUCUGACGUGAAUAAAUGUCGGUAAUAGUGUCGCAAGAGAAUAGGCAUGUAGGUUGGAAGGUCAACCUUUUUGAAAGUAGUAAAAUGUGCCCGCGGCGCUUAAUUCAGAUGCAGACCCCUUGUUUAAUAUCAGGCGGGUUAAUGACAGUACUGUUUACACACGGAAGACAGAUAUUUAUGCAGCUAGCAGCUCACCCUGGCGCGGGAGACAGGGAGGAUAAACCCGGUCUGGGACAGCCCGGUGUCACUGCGCAGCUACAUUGCACAACACACACAAACAACAGCCCCGUGUCACUAUGCAGCUACAUUGUGUAACACAGACACACACAGAGACACACACACCUUCACUCCUGAGCUGCAAACACAGAGAUUAUUAUAGGAGAGGAAAGAGAAGACAAGAGAGAAGAGAGGAGGAGAGUAGAGCAGAGCAUGGUGUAAUAACAAGCCCCCACAUCCAUCUAUUAGUGUCAUGUUAUUGUAGCGAUCCACAGGCGGGUUGACCCACACAUAGCCUCCCUCGACAGAUUGUAUACAGUUGCCUGCCGAAAGUAUUCACAUCAUUUAUACUUUUUCAAAAUUUUGUUGUGUUACAAAGUGGGAUUAAAAUUGAUUGAACUGUAAAAAAAAAAAAAAAUUGUCAACGAUUGACUCAAAAUAUUAUGUAAUAUCAAAGUGGCAUAUUUUUUUUUUAUUACAUGUAAUUUUUUAAUAUUGGAAAAUAAAAACACAAAUAUAUUUGGGAUUAGACAAUUAUUAAAUUGCCUUAGUCAAUAUAUGUUAUAAUCACUUUUGUCAGUGAUUACAGCUGUCAGUCUUUCUGGGUAAGUCUCAAAGAGCUUUGCAAACCCUGGAUUGUACAAUAUUUACCCAUUAUUCUUUUUAUAAAUUCUUCAAGUUCUGUCAAGUUGGUUGUUGAUCAUUGUUAGACAGCCAUUUUCAAGUCUUGCCAGAGAUUUUCAAGCCGACUUAAAUCAAAACCGUAACCAGGCCACUCAGGAACAUUCAAUUUCGUUUUUUUGUACCUCCAGUGUAUAUUUGAGCUUGUGUUUCAGUCAAUGUCCUGCUGAAACGUGGAUUUGUCUCCCAGUGUCUGGUGGAAACUGAACCAGGUUUUAUUCUGGGACUUUGUGAGUGCUAAACUCUAUUCCUUUUCUUUUUUUAUCCUAAAAAACUCCUGAGUCCCUACUGAUGACAAGCGUACCCAUAACAUGAUGCAGCCACCACCAUGCUAGAACAUUUGAAGAGUGGUACUCAGUGAUGAGUUGUGUUGGAUUCGCCCUGAACAUAGAUCUUUGUAUUCAGGACAAAACGUGUAUUUCUUUUGCCACAUUUUGUUUUGCAGUAUCACUUUAGUGCCUUGUUGCAAACAGGAUGCAUGUUUUGGAAUAUUUGUAUCAUUUACAGACUUCCUUCUUUUCACUCUGUCAUUCAGGUUAGUAUUGUGGAGUAACUACAAUGUUGUUGAUCCAUCCUCAGUGUUCUCCUAUCACAGCCAUUUAAACUCUGUAACUGCUUUAAAGUCACCGUUGACCUCAUGGUGAAAUCCCUCUUUGUCAACUGAGUUAAAAAGGAAUCCUGCAUAUUUGUAGUGACUGGGGUGUAUUGAUAGACUAUCCAAAGUUUAAUUAAUAGCUUCACCAUGCUCAAAGGGAUAUUCAAUGUCAGUUGUAGUUUUUUUUUUUUACCCAUCUACCAAUAGGUGCUCUACUUUGCGAGGAAUUGGAAAACCUCCCUGGUCUUUGUCGUUAAAUCUGUGCUUGAAAUUCACUGCUCGACUGAAGGACCUGACAGAUAUUUGUAUGUGUGAGCUACAGAGACGGGGUAGUCAAUUUUAAAACCAUUAAACACUAUAAUUGCA